UGUCUUCCAGGCGUCCCUCCUCCGCUUCCCUCCGCGUCGCCGUCGCCUCCCUCAGCGCCCUUGGAGACGACGAGUGAGGCUCGGGAUGGAGGAGGGCCUCCGCCCGUGCCCACCCCGUGUCCUUCCACCAGUGCCAAGUGGGAGCCAAGAUGAAAUUCCUCUCGGUCGCCAAAAACGGAAAAAGGCUAAGGGAAAAAAUUCAUUAGAGCAUCGCAAUUGCCUCCAACUAGACAAUGGCAUCGUUCAUGCAGCUGUCCGCCGUACAUCUGAAAGCAGUGAGCCUCUGACACCUGAACUACAAGAUGGUCCCCCUCAGAGGAAACGUAAGAAAAAAAGAGCACCUCUAGAAUCAGAGACAUCUUUCACUGAACAGAAUGGAAAUGGCAUGGAUCCUUCACCAACAGAAGAAACUGUGACUCGUAAACAACGGAAAAGAGUGAAGAAAACACGGCCAGCAGAAAGUUCCAAUGAACUUGGUGUGGAAGAAGAAGAUAUAAUUGAAGAUGAGCAAAUGAAAGUCUCAGAGCAGCAUCCUGUGUUUUCUGUGCCAACUGGUGUUAGCCAACCUAUUAGCAAGGUGUUUGUUGAAAAAAAUAGGCGUUUUCAAGCUGCUGAUCGCAAAGACUUGAUUAAGACCACAGAAAACAUUGACGUAUUUAUGGAUAUGAAAGCUUCAUGGACCACAAAGGACGUGGCACUCUCUGUUCAUCGUGGUUUUAGGGUGAUUGGACUCUUCACUCAUGGCUUCCUUGCUGGCUAUGCUGUCUGGAACAUCAUAGUGAUUUAUGUUCUGGCAGGAAGCCAGCUGUCAACUGUUUCAAACUUGUUGCAGCAGUACAAGAAUUUGGCAUAUCCUGCUCAGUGUCUCUUCUAUCUCCUGCUUACGAUUAGCACUGUCUCAGCUUUUGACAGGAUUGAUUUGGCUAAAGCAUCUGUAGCAGUACGUGGCUUUCUUACUUUGGACCCAGCAGCAAUUGCAUCUUUCAUGUACUUCGCUGCUCUUGUAUUGUCUCUGAGCCAGCAAAUGACAAGUGACAGAAUCAACCUUUACACACCACCUUCAGAGAAUGGUAGCCUUUGGACCUCAGGUGCAGAGGAACAAAUUCUCCAGCCUUGGAUUGUGGUUAAUCUAGUGAUAGCUCUUCUUGUUGGAAUCUCCUGGCUCUUCUUAUCCUACCAUCCCCAGUUAGAUCACAGUGAAGAACUGAUGUUUAAUGCUGAAGUGGAAGAAUAUCCACCACGAGAAAAAGAAGCCCAAGUGUCUUCAUAGUGUGGCGAAGUUCCUUAAAUACCAUGUAGUCAUGAUGGCUUAGAAUUACUUGUUUUACUUGUAUUUAUAACUUUUGUAUUGAAAUGUAUUUUUAUAUUAUUUGUUUAUACAGUAUUGUUUGAAUAUUCUAUUAGCUAUCUUUAAAUGCCUAUAGUUAUGGUAACACAGUGUAAAAAUUUAUUUUAUUUUUACUAAUCUGAAAUUGCUCUCUAAAUGUGUAGUUCAAAUGCAGUGUCCAGUGUACUGAAGAAAGGGAAAAAAAUGAACCGGAAAGUCAGAAUAAUAGGAGAGCAUCCUUAAAUCAUCUGUAUUUUUAUAUCCAUGUGUUAUACAUGUGGAUGAAUAUUUAUAUUCAAAAUAUCACAGGAAUUUUAUUAUUGAUUUGUCCUCAAGGAAUUAAAUCAGGUUUAAAAAUACCACACUAAACAAUUAGAGUUACAAUGCUUCUGUUGAAAUAUUUAUAAAAUAUUUCUGUGAAUUUGUGCUUUUUGGCCAUGGCUUACCAAAGCUAUUGCCAUUUAUAAACUCACACAGUUCAUCUUUUCUUAAUUUUUAAACUCAUUGGAACAGGAAUAUAAAUCUGUCUUUCCGCCUAUAACUUGGAAAUAUAGACUUCAGUGGCAUGUAUAAUUAUUUAAUAUAGUUUCAUAUGCUGGUUAAAGCUCGUAUUUCUUUGUCUAUUGGACUUUUUUCCUCUGAGGUGGUGUACUUGCACAAGGUAUUUCAUAAAAACCAAGAACUGGUUAUAACUGGCAUUACAAAAGUAGUUAGAAACUUGGGUAAAAUUAAAGUGUGUGCGAAAUUCUUAAACCUCCUUUAUAGUACCAUUGAAAUUGUCAAUAAUUUGAUACUCAUAUUGAUUGCUUACUAGAGCUCUUUCUCUCUUAAACUGUGUAAGUUAAACUUUACAGCCAAUUAAAAACAUUAUUUUGUUUAA